GCUGGCUUGGAGCUGCUUUGUCCCAGUCACCAGGAACUGGUCGUUUCUACCCUGGCUCCGAGCUCGAGGGUUCUUCUUAGCCAGCUAUCUUCCCAGCUUCUCGAACAUGGCUCUCAGGGAGAGACUCAGGACCUGGAAGAGAAUCUUCUGUUGGCUGAUCCUCCUUGCGCUGGGCCUCCUAGGGCUGCUCCAGUAUGGGCUCCCCAUAGUCAGGCAUCUGGAAGCCCUCAUCCCCAUGGGCGUCUGCCCUUCUGCCAGAAAGGCCCUGCUGAGAGACAACUUCACGGGUCUCCUGAAUCCCUGGGCCCGGCCUGAUGUCCUGACCUGUACCUCCUGGGGGGCCCCCAUUAUUUGGGAUGGCACCUUCGACCCAGCUGCAGCCCAGCAAAAGGCUCUACAGCAGAACCUCACCAUUGGUCUGACUGUCUUUGCUGUAGGCAGGUACCUGGAGAAGUACCUGGCGCGCUUCCUGGAGACGGCCGAGCGGCACUUCAUGCUGGGCCAGCGCGUGGUGUACUACGUGUUCACCGAGCGCCCGGCCGCCGUGCCCCGCGUGGCGCUGGCGCCCGGCCGCCGGCUGCGCGUGGUGCGCGUGGCCCGCGAGCGGCGCUGGCAAGACGUGUCCAUGCAGCGUAUGCACACGCUGCACGAGGCGCUGGGCGGGCAGCUGGGCCGCGAGGCGCACUUCGUGCUCUGCAUGGACGUGGACCAGCACUUCCGCGGCGCCUUCGGGCCCGAAGUGCUGGCCGAGUCGGUGGCGCAGCUGCACGCCUGGCACUACCACUGGCCGCGGCGGCUGCUGCCCUACGAGCGCGACGCGCGCUCCGCCGCCGCGCUGGCGCCGGGCGACGGCGACUUCUACUACCACGCGGCGGUGUUCGGGGGCAGCGUGGCGGCGCUGCGCGGACUGACGGCGCACUGCGUGCGGGGCCUGCGGCGGGACCGCGAGCGCGGCCUGGAGGCGCGCUGGCACGACGAGAGCCACCUCAACAAGUUCUUCUGGCUGCACAAGCCCGCCAAGGUGCUGUCGCCCGAGUUCUGCUGGAGCCCCGAGAUCGGCCGCCGGGCCGAGAUCCGCCGACCGCGCCUGCUCUGGGCGCCCAAGGAGUACGCCGUGCUGCGCGACUAGGCCCCGCCGGGCCAGGAAGGGGGUCCCGGAAGCCGUGCGGGCGCCCCGGAGGGCGGCGAGAGCUUGGACGCAAACAGCCCUGCCCGCUUCGGCCAGGGGCGUGGCCGUGGGAUCGUGGCGGUGGGAGGAGGACCGUGGCCUUUGAGGAGUUUCUCGCUGGGAGGGAAAGAUCUCCUUUCCCCCACUUUCUAC